AAAACUUUAGAACGUUUUAUUAUAAUGGAUCAAACUAUAUGGGUAACCAUCAGCGAGGAGGAAAGUCAACAGAUGAUGGUAAUGUGGCCGGAUAUUGUUCAUGAUAUCAUGGAAGAGAUUGAGAAUUCUAACUUUCCAGAUGUUGCUAAAUGGGUGGAAAAAUUGCUUUUUAAUGGUAAUCGACGAUAUACAGGACCGAUCGUUACUUCACCGAGGCAAACCAUGUUGGUACCUAUACAAUGAUAUAGGCCCAGCGGCAAUUAAUGAUGGUUUAUUGUUAGAAUAUUCUAUAUUUUAUCUAAUUAAAAAACACUUCAAAGGGAAAGAUUGUUACGUUAAUAUACUAGAAAUGUUCUAUAAUCUCACAUUCAAGACAAUUAUAGGACAAAGUUUAGAUUUGCUCUCUACCAGUUUUGGCAAGAAUCCCAAUCUGGAUCUAUUUACAAUGAGUCGAUAUAAUUCUAUUUGUCAGUACAAAGCAUCGCAAUAUUCUUUUAUUUUGCCAAUGCAGUUAGCCGGAAUAAAAGAUUCAGAGAUGUUCAGACAACCAAAAACCAUCUUGUCUGAAAUGGGACAUUUGUUCCAAGUCCAAGAUGAUUAUUUAAGUUGCUAGAAAUCCGAUGUCCAUGGCAAGGAUUAUACUGAUAUACAAGAAGGAAAAUGUACGUUGUUGAUUGUUGUAACUCUUCAACGUGCCAGUCCGGAGCAGCGUAAAAUUUUAGAAGAAUGUUACGGUUCUUCCGAUCCGGAAAAAGUAAGACGCGUGAAACAACUUUUCACAGGUCUUCAUUUACCAAAAAUUACGAAGAAGAAACAUAUAAUCUACUAAAAGUACAUACACAGCGGAUAUCAUGCA